AUGUCUUCCAGACGUAGUCAUCGCAAGUCGCGAACUGGCUGUUAUCAAUGCAAACGACGGAGAAUAAAGCCUCCGAAUUCAUUUUAUGCCUCAUUCGUCCCACUACCUACCACCCAACCUGAAACUACCAGCGAUUCGCCAGCUCCGGUCAUUGCUCCUCCAAUAGCACCGUCUCCCAUAGCUCCAGCCAGUGGUCCGACGGACACCACCAUAACCCCUGCCACCAGCGCUCCGAGGCAUACUCCAACAAUUCCCCCAACGACAUCUGCCCCAAUUCAAUUUCGAUCAAUUGCUCCUUCAGCCACCCAACUUCCGGCUAUCCUGAACCAGGGUCCUCCACCUAGUCCAGCUUGGGCUACCGGAAUCGAACGGCAUAGCAUUUUCUCCUCUAUUCCCGAUCGUUUUCGCGAAGAUAAGAGCUUGAAUUUGGAAGACCUGGAGCUACUUCACCACUACACAACAAAGACGUACCAAACACUAUCCAAUAACAACGAGCAUGAGGAAAUCUGGAAGAAUGUUAUACCUGGAGAAGCGAUCAAACAUCCCUUCCUGAUGCAUGGGCUCUUGGCUCUAGCCGCCCUUCACAUUAUCGAAUGUCACGAUCCCGAUAACGGCGAAAUUCGCCGCAAGUACUCCGCACUAGCAAAUAAGCAUCAGAACCUAGCACUAGCUACCUUUCGCCCGGAAUUGAACAACAUAACACCUUCGAACUGCCAUGCUGUCUUCGCUUUUUCAAGUCUCAUCGCCGCACUUGCGUUUGCGUUCUCGAGAUCAGAACGCAGCUCUCAGCCCGCAGACCAUAUUGAGCAAGCCGUUCAAGACUUCUAUCUCUUCCGUGGUGUCGACAAGGUCCUUCACGCCCAAUGGUCUCGCAUUGUUAAGGGUAAACUAGGCGCUCUCGUCCGCCGCCCUGCCGACUCAAGCGCCGCCUACCCGCUGUCCAAAGACGUUAUAGACAAUCUCGACUAUCUCCAUAGCUGCAAUGGCGAAAGCGCAGCUCACAUUCCUGCCGAGGAAAAAGCCAUAUAUAACCAUGCAAUUCGCGAAUUGAGGAUGUCUUUUGAACGAUCCCCUUCAAAUUGGGAGGGCGUUUUCCGAUGGCCGAUGGUUGUCCCUGAACCAUACCUGGGGUUACUCAACUCUCGGAAGCCUAUGGCCUUGGUGAUACUUGGCCACUACUGCGUAAUACUAAGUCGGCUUGAUAUGUGCUGGUGGUCUGAAGGUUGGAGCCAGCACUUGUUUGAAGCCAUUUAUAAAUCUUUGCAUCCUUCUUGGCGUACGUUAGUCCAGUGGCCUAUGCAAAUGAUUGGUUUAUCGGAGCAGCUUGCCCACAUUCCUUGA